AUGAAUUUAUCUUUUUUGGAUUCUUCAGAGAUUGAGGACGCAAAAUUUCCAGAAACAUAUGAAAAUGGAGAUGCACAGUUCCUGGACAUUGUUGAAUUCCAAGAAGCAUACUCAAAACUCAAUAAAGAAAAUGUUUCACUAAAAAUCAUUAUAAAAAAUCUAAUGAAGCAACUUCAAAUGUUUGCAAAAUCAACACAAUAUGAAGAUACAAUAACAGAAAUCAUAAUAUCCAGUCAAAAUAAAAUAAUGACACUCAAAAAUAGACUUAAUAUAUUAAACAAGCAAAAUUACAAUAUAUCAACACGAUCAAAUGUAGCAACACAGUCAAAUAACGAUAUUACUCACAAAAAUCCUCAACAAAAAGAAUCCAAUUUCCAAAUUACAAAAAACGAAUCAAAUUCAUCAUUAAGUGACGUUAUUAUACAACAGAAUAAAGAAAUUGAAAUGCUCAAAAAUCAUUUAUCAGAUCAAAUAGAAGAAUCAGAUCGUUUACGUCAAGAAAUACUAGCAAGUCCCAAACACAUCUCUAGCUCAUUAAGUUACUCCGACUCCUUUGCAGUAAAUAAGGAUUUUUUUCAACCACAGCUUAAAUCAGUUGGAUGUCAAUGUGAUCUAGACGAUAUCGUAAAAUUGAAGUUCAAUAUAAACAUUCUUUCUAAGAGUAUGCUAGGAUUCAUACAAUUCGUCAACUCUUUUUUUAAUAUUAUUAUCCCAAAUAUUAACUUUCAAAAUGGAGACUAUUUUCAUGAAUUAACUACACAGUUUGAUAAUUCCUUGAAUAUAUUAAAAUCAGAAAUGCCAAAAUUAAAAUUAAUUCAAAAUCCUAAUAAUUCUCCAAUAUAUUCGCUUCUUAAUCUAGUUAAAGAAACAGUUAGCAAUUCCUUAGGACAAAUGAAAGAAGAUCAUGAUGAAAUUGUUCUCAAACUCACUGAAAUUGAUGAAAAAUUACAAUAA